CUCAAUUAAUUAUUUUUAUUUUACAAUAGGAUUUUUUACUAUCAUUUGCCUUUAUUUGUUUUUUAAUAAUAAUUGCAAAAUGGUUGUGUAUUGUCGUGUUAAGAUUUGUAAGCACAAAAGCAAGGACAAGUGUACAUUACAUCGUUUCCCGAAAAAUAAUAAUAAUCUCUGCAAAGAGUGGGUUCGUCUUACAGGAAACGAAGAUUUACUACAUAAACAUCUGGAGGAUUUAAAUAAUGAAAGGAUAUGCAGUUGUCAUUUUACUUCCGAAGAUUAUACUCCCGGUAAAAAAUUGAAACUUGGAUCAGUGCCAACGAUUUUUUUUGAGAAUACGCCACCCAUUGAUGAUGAGAAAGUGGAAAAAUUUUUUUUAACUUCUAAUCGUCUUGCUACAACUGCCUCCGUUAAACCUCUUGUGGACAUUUCAAAUCCAAAGGCUAUUACUCAUAAACAGCCUCAGAUGAUCAGGAUUGUCCAGAAUGUAAAUGAGAUUGAGCAACCAUCAGGGCAUAUUGAACAGUUUACGACUGUUGAAAAUCGUGAAUUUACCGUAUGCCCGAUGUUAGAAGAUGUAAAUCAAACUUCACAACGAAUUAUACAUCACAAAAGAAAAGUCUCUGAAUCGGGAUCUGGAACAAGUGAGGAGUCUACUGGUACAUCUGUGUCUAAUAAGCGAUAUCGUACAUCAGGUAAAUAA